AUGGUCCAUCACAGAUGGAACAAGGCAAAAUCCUUGGCAAAAACUUCAAGAGCUCCUGUGAGUUGGCAGGUGGAGACUGAGGUCCUGGAGACCUGCAGGUGGACUUGGCACCUGCGAUCCCCCAUGGAUGGGGAUGGCCCUUUGCUCCUGCUGGAGCCUCUUACGUUGCUGCUGCCCCUUGACCCUGGUCAUGAGUUAUUUCUGCAGCACGUGACGAUGCGGGGACACUUACAAGACCUCUGCACCCAACGUGGCUGCUGUUGGAGCCCGCAGAGCGACACCAGCGUGCCCUGGUGCUAUUUCUCUUCCAACCAUGGGUACCAAGUGGCUGGAUCCGUGCAGACAACCGCGGCGGGGUUCCAGGCUACGUUGACAAGGCUCUCAGCACCGUCCCUCUUUGGCAACGAUAUUAACACUGUGCUCCUCACGGGAGAGAAUCAGACACAGAAUCGCUUCCACUUCAAGAUCACUGAUCCUAACGCACAAAGGUUUGAAGUCCCCCAUGAACAUGUGGGAACCUUCCAAGGAUCUGCGGCCUCCAACUUAAAGUACAGAGUCGACAUUGAGCACAAUCCCUUUGGCAUCCUGGUGACCAGAGUGAGCAAUGGGAAAGUCCUAUUCAAUACCACCAUUGGGCCACUGCAGUAUGCUGACCAGUACUUGCAGCUCUCCAUCAAACUGCCCAGCAGCAACAUCUACGGUGUGGGCGAGCACGUGCACAAGCAGUACCGACAUGACACCGACUGGAAAACAAAAAUCAGCAGGGACAUUGGCCCCUCCGGGGACAUGAAUAACUUAUAUGGAGUUCAAACUUUCUUCCUGUGCUUGGAAGACAACACUGGUGCCUCUUUUGGUGUCUUCUUAAUGAACAGCAAUGCCAUGGAGUUUGUAGUGCAGCCGGCCCCAGCGGUGACUUAUCGAACCAUCGGAGGGAUCCUUGAUUUCUAUGUCUUGUUGGGGGACACGCCGGAGCAAGUGGUGCAGGAAUACCUGCAGCUGGUGGGGCUGCCGUUGCUGCCGGCCUACUGGACCCUGGGCUUCCAGCUCAGCCGCUGGAACUACGGCUCCUUGGACGAGGUCAAAGCCGUGGUGCAGAGGAACCGCGACAUCGACCUGCCCUACGAUGUUCAGUACACCGACAUCGACUACAUGGAGGAAAGGAAAGAUUUCACUUAUGACAAAGUGAAUUUUAGAGAUCUACCUGAUUUUGCAAAUUAUAUGCAUGGCAAUGGACAAAAAUAUGUUCUCAUCUUGGAUCCUGCUAUUAGCACAGAUAAUCUUGUGGAUGGGAGCCCGUAUGGAAGCUAUGUCAGAGGAGAGAGCCAGAAGGUUUGGAUUAAUGAAUCAGAUGGAGUAACGCCGCUAAUUGGAGAGGUGUGGCCAGGAGUAACCGUAUUCCCAGACUUCACCAAUCCUGACUGCACCAGCUGGUGGGCGGAGGAAUGCAGAUUAUUUUACGAAACGGUGCCCUAUGAUGGUAUCUGGAUUGACAUGAAUGAAGUAUCCAACUUUGUAGCAGGCUCAAAUAAAGGCUGUGAGCAGAACGACUUAAACUACCCACCCUUCACUCCCAGUAUUCUUGAUGGACUGAUGUUUUCCAAGACGCUCUGUAUGGAUGCAGUGCAGAAGUGGGGGAAACAGUACGAUGUCCACAGCCUUUUUGGCUACUCCAUGACCCUCUCAACCCAUCAAGCCAUCCAGACGGUGUUUCCAGGCAAGAGGAGCUUCCUUCUUUCGCGAUCCACCUUUAUCGGGUCGGGAAAGUACACGGGACACUGGCUGGGGGACAACGCGGCGCUGUGGGACCACCUGAGAUGGUCCAUACCCGGCAUACUGGAGUUCAACCUCUUCGGGAUUCCCUACGUUGGAGCAGAUAUUUGUGGUUUCUUUGAUGACACCACAGAAGAACUUUGCCUACGGUGGAUGCAACUAGGAGCAUUUUAUCCAUUUGCCAGAAAUCACAAUGCUGAGCUAUACAUACCUCAAGAUCCAGCUGUGUUUGGGGCUGAUUCGAUUUUGGUGAAAACUUCAAAGCAUUACUUGACUAUCCGCUAUACCCUGCUUCCCUACCUGUAUACGCUCUUCUACAAAGCUCACACUCGAGGAGACACUGUUGUACGGCCAGUUUUGCACGAGUUUUAUUCUGACGAAGAAACGUGGAGUGUUGACGGACAGUUCCUGUGGGGUCCUGGGCUGCUCAUCACUCCUGUGCUCGACGAGGGUGCAGAUGUGAUCCAGGCAUACAUCCCUGACGCAGUGUGGUACGAGUACGAGACGGGGACAAAAAUCUCCUGGAGAAAAGAGUGGAUUGACAUGUUCCUACCAGCAGAUAAGAUGGGACUUCACUUGCGGGGAGGCUACGUAUUCCCAUUCCAACAACCAGCCACCACAACUGUAGAUAG